ACGGACCCGGACGGACCCCUCGCGGGUCUCACCUUCGCGGUCAAGGACAACCUCGACGUGGCGGGCCAUCGCACGGGCUGCGGCCAGCCCACCUGGCUCGACACCCACCCGGAACCCGCGCGCCAACACGCGCCCCCCGUCGCCUCCUUACUCGCCGCGGGCGCCGCGUGCGUGGGCAAGACGCAGAUGGACGAGCUGGCGUGGGCGCUGCAGGGCGAGAACCACCACUACGGUACCCCGAUAAACCCCGCCGCGCCCGAACGCGUCCCGGGGGGAUCAUCCUCCGGAUCCGCCGUCGCCGUCGCCGCCGGAUACGCCGACGUCGCGCUGGGCACGGACACCGCGGGCAGCGUCAGGGUCCCGGCGUCGUACUGCGGGCUGUGCGGGUUCAGGCCCACGCACGGCCGCGUGGACGCCACGCGCGGGUGCGUCCCGCUCGCCCCGUCCUUCGACGUCGUCGGGUGGUUCGCCAGGGACGCGACGACGAUGCUCCGAUGCGGCUCCGUUUUACUCCCUCCGUGGGGCGCGUGGGACACCGCGUUCGACCUGAGGUUCGACGGGGCGAUCGCGCGGGACGCGUUCGAGCUGUGCGACGAGGAGACGCGGGCGACGCUGAGGGAGGCGGUGGCGAGGGCGUGCGGACCCGGGCCGUUGGGCGAGGCCGGGGGGGGAACGGUCGAGGUUGACGUCGGCGGCGGCGGAUCGACGCCGCCGCUGACGGAGUGGUGGAACGUGUUCCGCGUGAUCCAGGCCAACGAGGUGUGGCGCGCGCACGGCGCUUGGGUCAGCGAACACCAACCACGCUUCGGGCCGGGGGUUAAGGAGAGGUUCGAGGGCGCGGGUGGGGUGACGGACGCCGAAGCGGCGGAGGCGUCAAAGACGAGGGACGCCAUCGCCGCGUCGAUGGAGUCGACGAUGGUGGACGAGGCGACGGGCAAGGACAGGUUCUUGUUCCUGCCGACGUCCCCCGGGCCCCCGUUGGCGUCGGGGGCGGACGCACAGACGGUGGAAUCGUUCAGGAAUCGUCAGCUGAGGCUCACCGCGGCGGCGGGUCUCGCGAGGCUGCCGCAGGCGACGGUGCCGGUGCCGAGACGAUCGGGGCCGCCGCUCGGGCUGAGCGUGGUGGGACCGCGCGGGACGGACGAGGCGCUGCUGA